UAAAAAAAACUAUCGAUGCUUCGCUUGGGUUGCUUGAAGAUAUUUUUCGAGUUUUUAAACUUGAAUUCCAUGGGAGCAGUAGUGAGAGUAGUGACAGUGGCGAUCCUCUUCUAGUUUGUUUUUUCUAGCUUUUUUUUUUUGGAGAGACUCACCCUCACUCCACUUGGAUAUGUAUCAAGUGAAAAAUUUCUCUCCGGGUACGAAUUUCAUGUCCCAGCAGCAGCAGCAGCAGCCAACUUUGUACACUGGAUUGAGCGUCGAGCAGGCGAAAAUCUCUGCGUCCGAGCCUAAACCAAGGCUCCGAUGGACACCCGAGUUGCAUGAGCGAUUCGUGGAGGCUGUCACUCAGCUGGGAGGAGCCGAGAAGGCGACACCAAAAUCCGUGAUGAGGAUCAUGGGAGUCAAAGGCCUUACUUUGUAUCAUCUCAAAAGCCACCUUCAGAAAUUUCGUCUUGGGAAGCAACUCAACAAGGAUACAAACGUCGCAAACAGAAAUGCCAGCAUUGUAUCAUACAACACACCCAAUGCUCAGGAUUUGAUAGCCCAGCAGGGUCACCUUUCCUCAUCCUCAUCUGAUUCUCAAAUCACAGAAGCUCUGAGGCUACAAAUGGAGGUGCAAAAGAAGCUACAUGAACAACUUGAGGUUCAAAGGCAUCUACAGUUGCGAAUCGAAGCCCAGGGGAAAUAUCUCCAAGCUCUCUUAGAAAAGGCGAGGGAGACUUUUUCUGUAGGAGGCCAGGAUCUGAACGCUUCAGUAAAACUGGAACUUUCCAAAGCUGCAUCAAGUGCCGAGACCACGCUGGAGCAGCAGCUUCUUUUUGCGAGAGAACAGAGGCUUCAGUCACACAAUCUUCAUCAGGUAUUAGCAGGCCAGCAGCAAAGUGGGAUCAAGAAACCAACGAGGAUAUUUGGUGGAAUUGAGCCCUGGAUGCGUCUCAAACGCGAGGAGGGAAUGUUAGAUCAAGGUUUAGUAACACUUUCUUUGCAAAAGCCCCAAGCUCAUCAUAUAAUGGGCAACAAGAUGGAGCAAGGUUUGGACCUGAACUGCAAAGAAGUGAACGGUCUUGACUUGAAUGAGUUUGGUUGGGCAGCUGGUCCAACAGAAUCUUAGCAAAAGUUAAGAAGUUAAUAUAAUUCGGAGUAAAACGUUAUAAAGAUAAAGCUCGGUUUACUCCAAAAGGUAAAGAAUUGUAUAUAAAUCAGGGUUUCGGGUUGUGACUC